GACAACAUGCCAGAAUUUCAGAAGAUUUACUCAGCAUUUCGUGUUUGCUCAUAUACUUUCAAACAGCCACAGAUUAUUUUUCAAAAUUUCGAAGAACCCGGUAAUCCCGAUAGAACAUAUCGUCAACUGAACUGUCAAAUAAUGUCGCUCAAGCAGCGGCAACAAUCAGCCCAAGAAAUUUGAAUGGUGUCUCGCCAAUGUCAUAAUGUGACACGUUACUUCACGUGUCGUAUGCCUCGGUAUAGCAGUGUCCGAAAAAAUGUGAUAGAGAGGAAAAUAAGUUUGAUCUGUCGCCUACAAUAGUACAUUUUUACUACUUCGUUAUGGUGGCCCAACAGUGUCCGAAAAAGGCGACACAGAGAGAUAAAGCAGUCUGAACUGUUCCUUAAAAUAUUAAUCUUUUCAUUAGAGACAAUAAUUAUACCUUUUUGUUCGUAAAUAAAAUAUUUACAAACCCGAGAUUGAAGGUGGCACUCUGGACACACCGAUAGCUCUUUGUAAAACCGCAGUUACGGGCAUAUCAUUACAAAAAAAUUAUGAAUAGGUCGGAAAAUUUCUGGCAGAACCAGCUGUUAAGUAACGGUUAAUUUGCUCACAACAUCUCCAACUUAAAUUCAUACUACACACUUGUUAAAAUAUUGUAAGAAAAAUGGCAGAUGAAGAAAACCCAGAGGAUGCCCCCGCAGAGGGUGAAGAGCCCGCUGAAGAGGCUCCUGGUGAAGAAGGAGAGGAAGGAGGAGAAGAAGCUCCUGCAGAAGGCGAGGAAGCUCCAGCAGAAGGCGAGGAAGGUGCACCAGAGGGUGAGGAAGGAGAAGGCGAGGGUGAGAUAGGUGAAGGUGGAGAGGAGGGUGGGGAAGAGAUUCAGCCAGAAGAAAGAGAAGGAAUAAUAUCAGAUGAAUCUGAUGUAUUCAAUGAACUCAUGAAUGCUGGAGGUCAAGCAAGAGAAGCUGCAGCUAUGAUUGAGUCGCUGAAAGCAUCUGUUAAAGAAUUUCAGACGAAAGAAAUGCUCUCUGCUGAAGAUGCAGCAUUAUUGCAAUCAAAACAGGAUGAACUGAUGGCAAAGCUUGGUGAAUUUGGAGCUCUGACAAUUAGGAUACAAACCCUUUUAAAACUUAGUCAUCUGACAGAGUCUCAGCUAUGCCUGUUGGAGGGCCCACGUCCUGGUGAAGAGAAGGAAACAUUUGAUUUGGAAAUUGAGGAUGAAAGUCUUCCUAAAGUAAUAAUUUGUGGUUCCGAAGAUCAUAUUCCAAGAAUUGUUGUUUGUGAGCCUACAGUGAAGAAAGAAGAACCUUUACUGAAGUGUUGUUGUGCUAAGCAUCCAAUACUUCUUGGAGGUAUUGGUGGUGAUACCGCAGGUUACAAAGGAGACAUCACAAUGGAUUCCCUUUUGAAGCAGUUAAGUAGUCUGCAGCAAGAAAUGAAGUUGAUAACUGAAGAAAACAAUUUUCUGAGUAAAAAGUUGUCUGAAAUUACUGACAAGACAAGAUGCAGUGUCUGCAAUAAACCAAAACCUCUUUGUCGCUGUGAUAAACCAACAGCUCCUCCAGUAUGUUGUGGAUCAAAACCAGUACCUCCCAGCUGUUGUCCACCAAAACCAAAGCCUGUAUGUAACUGCCCACUUCCACAGAAGCCUCCUUGCCUCUGUUGUCCACCUUGUCAAUGCUCUGGACCACCAAGUAUACCUUGCUGCUGUGGGGCAUCUGCUACAAUUCCUAAAGGACCUGUUCAGUCAACAUGUCCAGUAGUACCUAAACCAGAGCCGCCUUGUGCAUGUUGUAAACAAGCAGACAAAAAGGACAGCUCUGCUGCCAUUGCACAAAUGGAAACUCGCCUAAGGAAUAUGAUCACUGAUGUCAGCAAAAUGCAGUGCCAACUGCGAGAGCUUCAGCAGCUGCGUCAAAAAUUAGAAGAAGAAAAAUCAGAUUUAUGCCCUUGUUUCGAUGAGCUGUUUUGAAUAAAAAGAAUCCUGAAAGUCAUUCUGGAACUAUUUGUUUAUAUACACUGCUGAAAAAAAUGCAACACCCUGAAGGACACGAUCAUUUUAUUGACAUUUGAAAUGACAGAUACUUCAUCACAUAUAUGAUAACAAAUGCAGACCAAAUAAAAUACAGGUCACAGCCCCCAGACAAUCACAUUAA